CAGCUCCUGCAGGACAAGGGCGACCUGACUCGCGCCGAGGCGCUGCUCGGCGAGGCAUUGCAAGGGUGCCGGGAGACGCUCGGCGACCGGGACCCGAAGACGCUCACCUCGAUCAACAACCUGAGCGCGCUGCUGUAUGCAAAGGGCGACCUGGACGGCGCGGAGCCGCUUCUUCGUGAGGUGGUGGCGGGGUUCCGCGAUACGCUCGGUGACGGGCACCCGAGCACGCUGAGCUUCAUCUACGGCCUCGCGUCGCUGCUGCAGGAGCAGGGGAAGCUCGGCGAGGCCAUCCCUCUCUUCCGUGAGGAGCUGGAGGGGUGCGCGGCGCGGUACGGGGAGGAGCACAAGGAGACG